UCAACUUGAAACUUUACGAGCUUCAUAAAUAAAGUUGUAGAGCUAUAGUCGUGCGUGACCACCAGCUCCACCGCCGGAUUACAGGACUUAGCUGGUUUAACCUAAACAGCUGUUAUUAUGGGCUUGCUGCGGUGUUUAGGAUUGUACACUAUAGUUAUCUUCAAGUUGAGCUUCUGCCGCAGCUCGGCUGAAUAUGAGAUAUUCCCUGGCUUCGACCUGAAAGCCAUAUUUCCCAACACAGUGACGUCAUCACCAUCAACUACGACGUUACAUACCACGGCGAAGACAUCGACCAGUUGGGAAGAAAUCCAACUCCCUGAAAUAAGUACCAUGGCUAGUACUGAAACUACUAUGACAAAGACAACUACCACUACUCAAGAGCCCCUGCUCAACAACGCGCCCUACAAGCCCUACGUUUGCCCCGAAGAGGAGGUGCCUCUGAGCAUCGGCCCUUACGAGGUGCCGACGCAAAAGGACCUCGUGGUCCACAUGAAGAAGAUCUUGAUGAAGAUGUUCAAGAGCUACCAUAAGAAGGCACUGUUCUUUUUAAACGACGUAAUGAAGGCAACAAGAGCAACUUCGCAGAUUGAAAGGAGCUGUCCCAUCAAAAGCAGGAACACGUACAAGCUGUGCGUGAGGCACGUCAGCAACCAGUGCCAGGUCAUCACCAAGAGCUUCGUCACCUCGCUAGAGAGACAGAGACACGACGUGUCUGCAUUCACUGAGGCUUCCAUCUGCAACAUGUCCUCAAUGAAGGCUGACCCUGUCCAGCUGAUCAAAACCAUCGCCAUGGAGGAUGCGUCUCUUGAGUUCGCGCUGCCAGGGUUCUUGAGGCUACUCGGUGCCUGCUCAGUGUACUGCCAAAGGACACCGAUCACGGCACAUUGGAAGAAACCGAAACGACACAUGACGGAUCAAGAUCUCGUUAUCAAGCACUUUUUAACCCGUAAAAACUAUGCUCAACUGUUAAAAGAACACUUAACAUAACAUAUUAUUGUU